AUGUUGCACAGCACCAAAGAAAACGGUCAGUCAAAGAGGUCAUCAUCCACCGUGUUUUCCGAGAUCCUUUGGCCGUCACGACAUGCCGGUGGUAGGCGAACCACCAUCGCACACUCAUCCAAAGACGGAGACAAGAACCCACCUUUCACUCCCCACAAACCGCCACAUUCAAAGACGGUCAAGAAACAGAGACAACCCCUAUCUCCACAUUACCCCAUGGUCUCCGUUUCUAUUCGCCGCAAUCCUGGUGCUAUUGGCCUGCUUCAUGCAUCAAAAAGCUCCGGUGGCAGGAAAGGACGGGCCACUCUUGCUUCAUCCAUUCGCUGUUCUGAAGGGUUUGCUGCUGCUGCAAACCAGCAGCGCAUUGAUGCCCAGGUUCGACGCCUCUAUUUAUCUGGGUCAGCCGAUCAGAAUAUCCGACCCAGCCUUCUCCUCUCUCAGGCCAGGCAAUCGAUCAGUCAAGAAGAGGAUUCGAUUCACUGUCGAAAACCUUUCAUUAUGGAUGUAAUCCUGGACUUCAAAGCUAAUUUGGCUGAAAGUUCUGGUGGAGCCGCUGUUACUGCCGUGACCACCACCACUGCUACUUUGCCUACUGAGGGGGGUCUUACAUCCACUACUGUUACUGGCGCUACUUGUGCUCCCUCGACGCCAACUUUCAUGUCGCCGAAUGGGGAAGUUGAUUGUCCGCAAUGGGUCUAUUAUCGCACCUACGACUUCACAGGUUGUGGCGGUCGCAGUCUAGAAAGCUAUUGGAUGGAUCAAGAAAAAAUCUGGCAGCACUCUCCUCCGAUUUCGAUCGAGCAGCUCGAGUAUACCGGGGCUGAAGGGGGAGACACGUGUUUCAGGCCUUCCCGAUUCCCCAUAUCUGUCGAGCGUUCUACCGCGUCGUGGUCACCCGCCCUCAUUGGAAGAUCUUAAAGGGCAGAUUGGAAUAACGUCAAAACCCGCUCCUAACGGCAUCUGUGUGAAUUGUUUAUUCUUUGUGUUGUCGAUUUCUCUGCUUUCCAUUCAGCUUUCUUUUUUUACAGUUGACUUGAUCCCCGGAUCCUUCGUCAUCUCAAUCUUUUCUUAGAAUGCAUUCCGACGCUUACGGCGGAAGAACGAGUUGUGUGGUUGAUCUCGUCCCUACAUAUCUAUCUGUAACCUUGUGUUAAUUGCCUUGCUACCUCCUACUACAAACGAGCAUGUGUAACUUCCAUCCUCUUUCUAAAUAGGUUCCUUCCGGCUA